GAAGGUAAAUCCGCACCGAACCCGACCUCUUGACAUCCUAAAUGCGAGUAUUUCACGAGUCAGUGUCAGUGAGUCACAUUUCAUUUCCGCGUCGGGUUGGGUUCGGAUACGCAAGCGACGGUUGAUCCGUUGUGGCUCAGGCUGAUGACUUGGGGCACCGUGCCAGCGUGCCUCAGCCUCCUCAGCUACCGUCUAGAUUCCAAGCGAAGAAUCCCGAUAAUCUCAUGAACAUUGCGGAAAAAGCCAAGCACUCCGGGUACCGGCCUUGCUUCUCAAUCCGGCAGUCCACGCCGCACCACGCCAUCACCCCCCAAACGCAGAAACCAGAUGUUCUUCUGAUAAUUGGGCAUUUUCUGAUACCAGUCGUGCGAUCCAGAUGGUGAGAGUUGCCUAUGUCAAGGAAAAGACUGGUCUUUAUAUGUAUUUUUUUUCUUCAGAAUGAGAGGGAGCUAUAUUAGAUAGUGGAAUGGAGUGGAAACGAUCAGGCGAGUUUGAACCAGGGCCAGUUCCUCUGGCAAAAGCAGUGGACAGGUUUGGAAUUGGAAAGCAAGAAGUGAACAACUCUCCCGAAGGCUUAACCAAGAGCAGGCUUGUAAUCGAACAGGAGAGGGAGGAAAGAAGGGUUAGGAAGUGGAGGAAAAUGAUCGGGGUUGGUGGAAGUGACUGGAAACAUUAUGUUAGACGAAAACCUCAUGUAGUCAAAAGGCGCAUCAGAAAGGGGAUUCCUGAUUGUUUAAGGGGCCUUGUUUGGCAGUUGAUCUCUGGAAGUCGGGACCUCCUAUUAAUGAAUCCUGGGGUUUAUGAGCAACUGGUUAUAUAUGAGACAUCGGCCUCAGAAUUGGACAUAAUUCGAGAUAUUUCUCGUACUUUUCCCUCACAUGUUUUCUUUCAGCAGAGACAUGGACCAGGUCAGCGAUCACUUUACAAUGUCCUAAAGGCAUACUCUGUGUAUGACAGAGAUGUUGGAUAUGUUCAGGGGAUGGGAUUUUUAGCUGGACUUUUACUUCUAUAUAUGAGUGAAGAAGAUGCAUUUUGGCUAUUGGUUGCUUUGUUAAAGGGUGCUGUUCAUGCUCCAAUGGAAGGACUCUAUUUGGUGGGCUUGCCGCUUGUACAACAAUACCUCUUUCAGUUUGAGCAAUUGGUCAAAGAGCAUCUGCCUAAGCUAGGAGAGCACUUCAGCCAAGAAAUGAUAAAUCCAACCAUGUAUGCAAGCCAAUGGUUCAUAACUGUAUUCUCAUAUUCAUUUCCUUUCCAUUUGGCUCUUCGAAUCUGGGAUGUCUUUCUUUAUGAGGGUGUUAAGAUUGUUUUUCAAGUUGGUUUGGCUCUAUUGAAAUAUUGUCAAGAUGACUUGGUGAAAUUACCUUUUGAGAAGCUACUACAUGCUUUGCGUAACUUCCCCGAGGAUGCAAUGAAUCCAGAUAUACUUUUACCAAUGGCCUACUCAAUCAAGGUGUCCGAACGUUUGGAAGAGCUCAAGCAAGAGUACGGAAAUAGCAUUGGUAAGCCAGUUCAACCCAUCGAAUCUAGUGGGAAGCAAAUUCAAGCUCUUAAGCAGAAGCAAAUGUCAGCAAGGCGUUAAAGGUGAUUGUCUUAGAGGGAGAUAGACGAGACACAAUAUGCGCACUGUUGGCUGUGAUUCAUUUGUUCUUUUGUCUAUCAAAUGUAUUCUCAGAAAGUGUAUAUAGACGACUUAAGUUGCUGAAGGUUGAGGACCAUAAAUUGUUAAUAUUAUAUAAUCAUAAAUGAUCAAUUCAUAUGAGAAAUGUCUUCAAACCA